AUGUCAACUGUCAGUUCAAAACAAAUUAUUUGCAACUUGAACCGUUGGUCUGAUUUAUUUUGCGUUUUCUGCUAUCAAAGACUUACAAAUAUCGUCCUUGCGAGCAAGAGCCUUCUUCUGCUCGACAGCUUUCACGUACUAGCACUAGAUCUUCUGAAGCUCGGUGUUUACGGCACGGAGCUAGCUUCGAGCAGCCUCCAAUGCCACGCUGAGCUUGUCGAUCCGCACCUUGAGGUCUUCCACUUGUCUCUCGAGUUGCUCCUUGGCACGCUCCAAGAAGGCAAUGAUGUUCUGAGCCUUCUCAAGGUCGACGUUAAGAAUCUCGGCCUCGGAUUGAAAACGAGACUGAACCUCCUCGAGUUGACAGAUCUUCUUGGACAUACUCUCGAUUUGUUCCUCAUAUUAAAUUUGCUUCUGAAACAUCUUCUUGCGGAGAUCCUGGACUUUCUCGCAGUAAAGAGCGACACCGGCGUCGAACUUGCUCUUCCAUUGAGUAAUCUCCCUAGUGACCAUGUUGAGCUUGUGCUCAGCGUUGAAACAAGCAAGCGCUUCCUCAUCAAGCGUUGCAGACCGAUUCGAGCUGAAAUAGGACUUGGUGGAGAUGCGAUUGAAGUUACCUUCCGUAAAUAUGCACAAGAACCGAUUUUCCUUCCUCUUGAAGGAAAUUUGACACUGUCACACAUUUAG